GCCAUCGCGCUGAAAAUGUCGGCUUCAGAUAUAAUGUUUUAUACGGGUGUCUCGAAGACCGUGUUUCUAAGUCUCGCAGAGGCCGUCUGUAAAAUGACCACCACCAACUCUCAGUUGUCCGCAGAAGACCAGCUUCUGAUAACACUCAUGAGAUUGCGCCUAGGCCUCCUUUAUGGGGACCUAGCUAGGAGGUUUGAGACCUCGGUCACUAGAAUUUGUGACAUUGUGAAAAAAAUGCUUCGGAUCCUAAAGAAGAUCAUGAGCUAUGUUGUUUUCUGGCUGCCAUGGUCACGCAUAGAAAACAGUAUGCCUGCCUCUUUUGUUGAAGGCGGUUACGGCAGGACUACCUGCAUCUUUGAUUGUACGGAAGUCAUUCUGCAGAGGCCUAAGAAGCUCAUGGCUCGAGCACAGACAUUCAGCUCCUACAAGGCAAACAACACGGUCAAAUAUCUUACAGUUAUCGCCCCCAAUGGCUUCAUUAUGUAUGUGUCAGAUGUGUAUGGUGGGAGGGCUUCCGAUAAAUACAUUGUGCGGCACUGCGGGGUCGAGGACCACUUCCAGCGUGGCGAUGAGAUUAUGGCUGAUCGUGGGUUUACUUUGGAUGCCCACCUGGAGCUUCAAGGGGUGAAGUUGAACAUGCCGGCGUUCACAAAGGGGAAAUCCCAGCUCUCCGAGCUCGAUGUGACUCGAACGAGAAGAAUCACCUCAUUACGGAUACAUGUUGAGAGAGCGAUUAAUCGCAUUAAAACGUACCGUAUCUUCAAGUCAGCGUUAACCAUAACGUCGAGGAGAACCAUCAGUGAUAUGGUCUUCAUCUGCGCAGGACUGUGCAAUCUGAAGGCACCUCUGAUUGCAACGCAAGAAACAGCGGCAAGUGCCAGCGUUGAUGUGUAG